AUGCCGAAGGGACACACCGUUGCCGAGCCCCUUGAGAUACAUGACGAGAAUGACCGCAUCCUCGAGUUGUGGUUUCGCGCCCGGGCCUCGGUGGAGUUUUGUGAGCAGCAUUCGCCGGCAGAUCACCUUUUUGUCGCAAGUAUUGCCGGACAGGAGGACCGAAGAACCCUGGCGGGUGCGCUGGACUACGCGGAGCGUGCACCCGCGGAAAUCAACGCCUGCUUUCUUCGCCGGAAGCUGACCCUGUCGCCUCCAGUUUUGGAGCAGCUCUGCAACGCCUCGCACAGGGUGCAGCUGUACAUCCGGCCAUCGCCGCAAGAAAGCCUGGACGGAGCUGGAGCUGCGGCCACCAAGCCGGGAAAACCCGCAGUAAAGAAGGACCGUGUGAAAAGGGAGGAGGAGUUGUUUGCAGUUGAAGACGCGGAUCAAGUCUUCUCGCUGGACUUUGAUCUCAUUGAGCUUCUGACGUCAUCGUCGGUGCGGCAUGCUGUGCCUGUGCCACCGGCGGCCAUGUUACAGAACUGCAUUCUUGAGCUUCGUUGCGGCACCCCGUUUUUGCCACCGGCCAAACUAAAUAAGUACCGCCCGCUGAAAAUUGAGAUUCACGCCAUUCAUGAUAUUCCAGGAACGGCGGUGCAGCACGACCCCCUCUUUGUGACGGUUCAGUUUUGUGACGUCAAACUUCAAUCCCCCGAGCUGGAGGUGGCGGCCGAUGGCAAAGUGACGUUUCGUCGGGUGAAAUUUCUGGGUGCCCGCUCCCCUUUGGAGGUGUACCAGGACGUCUUCUUCCGAGGGAUGGAGGUGUCUGUGUUUAGGGGUGCGAGGAUGUGCCUGGGCACCGGGACGGUGCUGCUGCGUGCGGCCGUCACAGACCAGCAGCGGGAGUUCAGUGAGAUGGUGUGUCUUCUGCCGAGUCGCACCACCAUUGCUCGCGAUAACAACUGCCUCACAAAAGGGACAACAGUGUCGCUACGAGUGGAUUUUUUUAUACCACUGCCGACCCCAACGCAUGUCUUGAGCGAUGGCCGGCCUGCACACGGCCACUUUCUCACACGUGGUAUUAUACGAAUGCCGUACACAGCCACAUGGGUGCCUAGCGUGUUAGAGGCGUUUAUCUCCGUGCUUCUUCAACUGAAGAAGGCAAGUGGGGAGAGCAACAUUUAUCAGCAUGAGUUACCUGCAGCAGAGCCAGAGGUCCCACAUGUACAUGAAAAGAAGAAGGAAGGCGCCAAACCCCACAAGGCUCAGUCAGUGCCUCCCCCACGUCCACCUUCUCCCCCAUCGGCGUUUGAGGCCCCGUUUAAAGUUGUAUCACCACCUGGCAUUAGCGGCUUUGAAGUGAUGGACGACAACGUACGGAUCAUUUGUGUAGAGGGUCUGGCAGUGGAAGUCCACAAAAUUCUUGAGCGACUGAAUGCUGUGGCCGGCAACAACCCCCAACUAGAGUUGCUGAUGAAUGCCGAACUAUUUGUGCCUGGCCGCGCCUAUACCGUUUUUCCACCACUUGUAACACUACCGAAAAUAGUGAAGUCCGAUGCAAUGAAAACGGGGACUGAAAAGGUAAUAGACCCUGCAGAUGAGUCUGCGCCCAGAAACGUUGGUGAAGGUUGCACUUCUGGUAAGGUGUCUCUCGCCUCUGUCGUUGCUGCGGGUGAUGGCCUUGCUAUGCCGUCAUCUGGCUCUCUUAAAGGGAACACGGAAAGUUCAGUAGACGUCUUUGACUCUGCUGAAGCUGAGGCAGGUGGUACAGGAGGCCGUAUUCAUCGCAUACGCAGUAGAGAAACCAUCGACUCCCUUGUCUCAGAGCAACGCUAUCUACUGCGAAGAAUGCUCUCUGAAGCUUGCAUUCGCUGCUACACGAAGCUUCAUGCCUUGUGCGCGUGUUCGUCGCUGCGCACUAUUCUUGAACGAGACUUAUUUCCAACCCCAGAAGAGCUCAUAGCACUGGAGCGAUCUUUUGGUGUCACCUUGGAGCUUUGUGACGUUUUUGGGAAACAAGAGUUUGUUAGUGUGUCGCUGGAGAAGGAAGCUGCCGGUUCUCCAAAACCGACAGUUGAAGCAUCGGCUGAGAGUCCUUGUGCAAGUGUUAAACUGGACGCGUUGCAGUGGACGGAUGUUGGUAAGAUGGUUUCCUUUGAGGCGACGAAAAUAAUGUCUUCCAGGCGGCGGAUUCCUGCGUGCGUGCAGCAGCGGUAUCCAGGUGCGUGUUGGCUGCUCACGGUGGAGACCAACACGACGGUUUUGUGUGGCUUUUCCCUUGGUGCCCAACCAAAGGAUACUAUUCACUAUCUUGUAGAGGCCCAAGUAGUGCAAUGCGGCGGCAAGCUUUGCCUCUAUGCCCUGGCCUGCGACUCACUCGCAAAGAGUUGCACGGAUUCACGCAAUCCAGCAUACGAGACGUACCUUAGGGCCUCGCGGAAGCAGCAACUACAGCUUCACUCAAGGAAGGGGCCGAAAAGGUUGUCAAUUUCGACUCCGUCUCUCAUCAGCAUUGGGGCUCUUCGUGCUGAACGUCACAAUAGCAGCGACACUGAUGUCGUCGUGGACUCUCCACCAAGAGAAUUGCCUGUGGUUUCACAGCCUGCCGUGACGGGCAGAAAGGAGUUGGCCGAGAGGAAGCAAAGACACAUCCACCUACGAACAAAGAAGGUGCCAAGGCUCACAGCAGCCGACUAUGCACUCUGUUGGGAGUUGUAUCGGCAGAGGGCCCCCACUAUUCCCCCAAAGCCGCCCAAAGGGCCACCGAUGCGCUUUUGA